CAGAAGGAAGAGAGGAGAGGAGAGGAGAGGUGGAAACCGCAGCUGCCUUACCGGGUAUAAAGGCGCAAGAAUGCCCUGUGAAUCGAUGUGGAGGCUCGGCCACAUUUACGCACACAAGAAAAAGAAGUGAUUCACUGUGAGGACGUUUCAAGAGGAAUCUGGGAAAUCGGAUAUUUGCUUUUUUGACCGUGAAAGAAAACUUUGUCGAAGAGGUGGUCUUCAUUAACCAGCAAAGAUGAGACUGAACUUUUCCACGAGUUGGAUAUUCCGAGGCUGGAUAACAUGCGUCCUUGUCACCUUUUACGCACAGAACGGAGUCUCCAGAUCUGUCCAAUGUGACGAGAAACAGUACUUAAAAGGCUCCAGAUGCUGCAAUAGGUGUAAACCAGGCUUCCGUGUGUAUUCUGACUGCAAUGGUUCCAACCACACUCGGUGUAUUAAAUGUCUCCCUGGUGAAUACCAGCCUGGCUGGACUCAAGAGAUGCGCUGUCUUCAGCAGAAGUUCUGUGAUCCGGGUAAGGGCUUCAUGCCAAGGCCUGAAAACCUUGAGGCAGAGGAGCCAUGUCGCUGCAAAACUACCUUACAGUGCCAUCCCAUCAACUGCGAGUACUGUGAGGAGAUACCCUCCUGCAGUGCUGGAUUUGGACUUGAGUUGGACCCUGAGUCAACUAACGGAAGGAAGAUUUGUGUUCCAUGUAAGAAAGGCUUCUUCUCUGCUGACAGCAGUGCUGAACAAUGCAAACAGUGGACUAAUUGUAAGGCUGAGGGCAGGAGUGAGACACGGCCAGGCAGCGCUCAGGCUGAUGCAGUGUGUGGACCACCUGUCUCUGGUGCAGCACCCUCCUGGGUUCUAGUUUCAUUGCUGUCAGUCAUCACUGUUCUCUGCCUCCUCAUCCUGCUCCUCUUCUGCUACAAGGAUAAACUGAAGUUACUCUCUGUAAAUCUGCGCUCCUGUGUUCAGAAUCUGAAGAGGACAAGGAUACAGCAGGAGACCUUGGCCCCUCUUUACCACAGCGGAGUGGCAGGAGGAAUAGGAGGAGGCCCAGGAAAUACCAAAUGCACACCAUGUGAGACAACCAAACUCAUCUGUCAAGCCCCCCAAAACCCUGCUGAUGAGCCCCCAUGCACCUACCCCACCACUGUUACCGAUGUGAAGGUGUCACUGCCCCUAACAGUGAAAGAAGAAGGGACAAAAGGAAAGACAGUGAUGGAGGAACACAGCGAAGGGUCCGGGGAACCUGAGGAGGUGUCUGAAGAAGAGGAAGUUGUGAGUGUGUCUCCGCUGUUGGCAGGUUCUUGUCUGUGUGUCAUUCCGGUACGUGAGCCACUGGAAGUAGGAGAGAAUGAGGACUGUAGUCAGGCUGUCAGCCAUGGGACUCCCAGAAUCUGCUUCUGUGGAGGGCUGGAUGGAGAUGAGAGGGGGAAAGAGGAAAAAAGUGAGAGUGAAAGGGCAGACAACAGUGGAAAAACGCGUGGCAGGGACCAAGAAAAGGUUAUUCUGUUCAAGAGUGAGACAAGCGCUGCAUCUCUGGUCUCUCUGUCUCCUCCUUUCCUCCACACCACCUCUGUAAUCCCACCAGCCAGCCCACAUCCUGAACUCUGCCUGCCGUUGUCCCAAGCUCAGGCGAGGCCAGAGUUCAAACCUCACCCGAAAGACAGGUCACUGGUAAAACAGGAGGAAUUAUAUAGACUGGCAAGCACAGACUCCACCUCCACAGAGAAUAGCAGCCCCAGUGCAGCCUCCGCGAUGACCUCAGUUAGCCCUUUGAUGACAUCCUCAUCUGUCGGAGAUCUCUACCUGGACAAGCCCCCUGAGGCCUCCAGCCAGGAGCAAGGCCAGGGACUUUCCUGGGGAGACAGCAGAGGAAACAAGCUCUCAUCAGGGGACUCAGAGCUGGAGUGCUCACCUGAGAGCCUCCAGAGCCAGCUGGCAGAACCAACUCUUACCUCAGGUCAGGUGUCUGGGAACCACAACACCACCUUCAUCUCCAGUGGCCAGGUGAUGAACUUCAGCAGCGAUGUUAUCGUUGUCUAUGUCAGCCAGACAUCUUUCGGCAGCGAUGGGGCAGAGCUGGACGAUGCCUUCGGCAGCCCUGUCCAGGAAGAAGCCAGUGAGACAGCUCAGUUUUUCGAGAGUAGCCUGAGGUCACCAGGGGACUCCAUUACCCACAGAACCUUGCAAGAAGAGACACUGCUGGUCCGAGAAGUGAUGGAGGAACGGCCACAUGGAAAGUGAAACCAGUGGCUGUGUUUUAUGUCAGUACAGUGAUCAUCUCCAUAGUCCCCAACCAUCAGUUAGACACUGAAAAACUGGCCUUUGAUGAUUUCUGUUGCCCUAUACUGUACCUGGUAGCUCUUUAUGAAAUUAUUGAUUUAUCUUCAAAGACAUCCCAUUUCCCACAUAAGUCACUGAUCCUUGCCUCUAGCAUCUCUAUGUGCCUUUUUUCAUUUUCCAGUGGAAAGCUGCAGGCAUUUUUUAAUGGAAACUCCCUCCUUUCCAGACAAUGAUGGGGAAUUUUGUUGGGAGCUGGAUGUGGAACUAGAGUUCAGACUGGAGGAACGUCAUGUUUUUACUGUUUGCAUGGAAAUUGCAGCUGGGUUCUCAUACAAAGAAGUUACUACAUUUUUCAUUCCCACAUUUUAUCAUUAAAUAGGAUAGGUUAAAACUUGUACACUCCCCUGUAUGAAAACACCCGGCCAACCAGUUUUUUUGCCUUUCUGAGUUUGACAUUUGGAUGAUUUGAAGAGUUUCCUCACAAAACUAAAUAUCCACCAUGUGGAAAUAAUGUGCUUCCCCUCACAAAAAUCAUAUCAUUAAAGUAAAUAUUUUUAUGGUAGAAAAUGUAAUCUAUCUAAUCUAGCUAAUCUUGUGAGGCAGAAUCAAAGUUUAUUCAAAAAUAAUGAUGAAUAUCUGGCAUUUCUCUGAGUGAAUUUUCCCUUUUUUUUGGUGUGCAGGGUCUAAAGAAAGCUUUGUUACAACAAAGUGACACAUCCAGUUUUGGUACGAUGCUUAUGUGUAUGUAGACUUUUUAAAAAUUCUCUUCCUACUGCACCAUGUGUGCAGUUUGUGUCUAAGAAAAAUGCUAUGCAUUUGAUAAGCUAUUUUGUUACUGGUUUGAUCUUAUUUCAGUAUGUUUUAACAUGCAAGCCUUAAUGAAGAAAAGUAAAAUGUCCGACUGUUUAUAAUAAUUUGUUUUAAAUAAUUUUACAUAGUAGAUUUUUUAUGUAUUAUUUCAGAAUUUGCAUAUGUGAUCAAUGUUUGUAUACAGUAUAUUUCAAAAGACAAGAAAGCAUAAUGUAUUUGUGAAGCGAGAAUGAAUAUUCCUUUUGUGCUUCCUUUCAUUUGAUUUGAGGUGUGGAUAUGUUAAAUGGAGCCAUUGACAGCAGGCACACUGUAGGAGUUUAAAGGGACUGUUCAUUUACAACCUCACCAAAUGUAUGCAGCCUUACAAUGAUUAUGUACAUAUCAAUCAAAUCUAUCGCGAUGAAUGACUGAAAGAA